AUGUAUUACUCGUUCGUGAACGAGUCGGUUACGUCCGCCCCUAGCGAGAAAGAUCAAUUGAACUCCGCUUACGAGUAUUUGGAAACGAGCAAAGGCUCGUUGGCAAACCUUGCCAACGAUCUGAUCGGAUACGUGAACGUGGAGGAUCCUGAUUCCCCGUAUCCGGAUAUUCAGAUAUUGUUCUCUCAAAUUCAACGGUUGGACACGGGGUCGAUGAAGAUGACGAUGGCUUCUUACAAUACGAACGAUGAGAUCACGCGGAUAAUGCUGGACGAGAUCAAGAGAAGGGAUUUGAUCACUAUUUACAGCUCGUUGAUGAAUCCAAAGAGUCGGGGCGAGAUCAAAUUGAGGAACGCCGAUCCGGCUGAAGAAGUGAAGAUCUAUUCGAAUUAUUACACCGUGGCCGAUGAUUGGAAAAAGAUGAUAAAAGUUUUGCCCAUCGUCAAGAGUUUGUUGAACACUACAGCGUUGAAGAAAUACGGGAUGGAGUUUAAUAUUUACGAUGUCCCCGAAUGUCGCCAUUUUACGCCCGAUACAGAGGAGCGUUACGAAUGCGUGAUCAGACACGUGUCCGCCUCGAAUUAUCACGCGUGUUGCUCGUGCAGAAUGGGACCAGCCAGUGAUCCGAGGACGGUUGUCGAUCACAGGUUAAACGUGCACAAGGUGAAGAAUUUACGGGUGAUCGACGCAUCGAUCAUGCCGAAUAUCAUCAGUGGGAAUAUCCAUGCGCCUACCAUAAUGAUAGCCGAGAAGGGAGCGGAUUUGAUCAAAGAGGAUUGGGGCAUAAAGGUGUGA